AUGUUUCUCACCAAGCUUGUCGCUCUUUCUGUUCUGUCUUUGUCCGUUGUAAACGGCCAGGGCACCGACGAUUGCCCUGAGAUCCCAGAAACUGGAGUUACUAUUGGCGAUCCUGUCCCCAUCCGACCGGAAGAUAUCCCAGCUGGCUGUUCUGACUUUGAGAUCCUUGUUGCUCGAGGAACGAGUGAGCCUAACUUUGUCGGCGGCGGCGGCAAGUUCGGCAUCAUUGUCGGCGACCCGGUCUAUCCUGCCAGCUCGCAAAUCAUCACGGGCGUCCGUCAAGGUUCCAGAGACGUGGUCAACCGUCUCAAGUCUCAGGCUGCUGCCUGUCCCAAUCAGAACUUCUCUCUCGUCGGGUACUCCCAGGGCGCAGCUGUGAUGCAUGCUGCCGCAGCUGACAUCCCGGCUAAGCUCUAUGGCCGCAUCAAAUCUCUCGUGAUGUUUGGGGAUGGUUACUUGAAGCUCGGAGCCAGUCAAAGCAAAUUCCCUGCCGGUUUGAACGAGAAAGUGAGGCAGGUUUGCGCAGCCGGCGAUCCAGUCUGCGAUGCCAAUGGCACCUGCACAUUCUUCCACCUCACUUAUAUUCGCCCUGAGUUCAUUGAUCCUGCCGUCGACUUCAUUGUCCAGAAGUUCAGUCAGUAA